AGGUUCAGCCCUCAUCAACUUCUGGCCUCUUGCUCUCUAGAUUCUGUAGAGUGAAUUCCAAAAGAAGGUCCAACAGAGACCAUUCCAAAUAGAAGAACUCACCAUAUUCCGAAACCAUGCUGAACUUACACUAGCAUGAAAAUAGAAGAUAAGGAUCAAAUUGAUGGCGUGACUAAAUACAUGGAGACCCACCAGAUGGUAGGUAAUCAGUCGUUGUCGAACUGAUGUGGCAUGGUGACGAGGAUGAACCAACUCACCAACUCAAUUGCCUAUUCAAGGCCAAGUUAUUACAGGACAGAUUCAUGGCAGAAAAUACGGAAGUCGCCGCCUGAUCUUUGUCUUGGAGGUUGACCACACUUGAGUUCUGCCCAAACACGGCAAGACAAAUUACUGGCUGUUCAAAUCAAAAAAUGGAUUCCUUCCUUCUAUUUUUAUUCCAUUACCAUAAUCAUUUGGGAGAAAAGGGAUGAAAUGCUCAUUCUCACUCCUCAUUCCCAGGGAAUAAAAUAUUAUAUCAACACAGACAAUAAAUCAUUGUUGGUAUCAUCUGAUCGAUACUAUCCAGCAUUUCCUUUUCCUUUCCAUUCAUAGCUGAGUUUUCAGUGAUCUUUCCCUAGCCAUGGAAAACUGCAACUCCCCUUCAGAUCAGAAGUCAGAUGCAGUGACUGGAGCAGAGGUUGAGAGAGACACUGAUUUUAGGGUUCAUGUGUUCAAAUCAUCAUCUGAGUUGGUUGAAAAGCUGCAUGAGAAGUGGGACUCUGGGAAGGAGAAGCCAUAUCCAGCAAUGUAUUCCAGCGUUUUCGGUGGAAUUAUUCUUGAUCCAGCCAUGAUGGUGAUCCCAAUAGAUGACCAUAUGGUUCACAGAGGGCAUGGUGUGUUUGAUACAUCUAUAAUUCUCAAUGGAUACUUAUAUGAGCUGGAUGCCCAUCUUGACCGGUUCCUCAGAUCAGCAGCAAAGGCAAAGAUUUCCUCCCCAUUUCCUCGGUCAACGCUUCGCAGCAUUCUUGUUCAACUGACAGCAGCAUCGCGAUGCACAGAAGGAACUCUAAGAUUCUGGUUGACUUCAGGUCCUGGGAAUUUCCUUCUCUCACCCUCAGGAUGCCCAACAUCUGCAUUCUAUGCUGUAGUCAUCAAGGAUAAGAUUUAUCAGCACAGAGAAGGGGUUAAAGUGAUAACAUCCACCAUCCCCAUGAAGUCACCUCUAUUUGCCACUACGAAAAAUGUAAACUACCUCCCAAAUGUCCUUUCUGUAAUGGAAGCUGAAGAGAAGGGAGCAUUUGCUUCCAUCUGGGUUGAUGAGGAAGGCUACAUUGCAGAAGGUCCAAAUGUGAAUGUGGCUUUCAUAACUCAUGACAAGGAGCUUAUCUUGCCAUUUUUUGACAAGAUCCUCAGUGGGUGCACUGCGAAGAGGCUUCUGGAACUGGCCCCCAAGUUGGUUGAGCAGGGGCGACUGAAAGAUGUACGAACCGCCAAUGUUACAGUGGAGGAAGCUAAAGGUUCAGCUGAAAUGAUGUAUGUAGGAAGUACUCUUCCUCUGCUGCCAAUAGUCAUGUGGGAUGAAAAGCCCAUUGGAGAUGGACUGGUAGGUGAGUUAACGAUGGCGCUCUCGGAUCUCCUUUGGGAUGAUAUGGUAGCAGGCCCUAAAACACAGAGGCUGCUGGUCACCUAUGCGUAGGAAACCAGUAAAUCAAAUCAGAAGAGGCCAGAGAUAUGCAUUUCUUAGCCUGCUUCUCAUCUUGGUGUGUGUUCUUGUUGAGCACAAUCAGUAUCAGCAAAGGCAUGCUCUAUGUUCAUGUCCCUUCUCUGUUUUAUCACCUUUGGGAAAAGAGUAUUGAAUAAAACAAUAAAAAGAAAGCUGAUCAUCAAAUCUUAGUGCAAACAAAUUCUAUGGAAAUCAAGGUUUCUUUUGCUUAUCA